GCUAGGCGCCGUCCCCCUCCCCGGGCCGCCCCGCGCCUGCGCAGUGAGACCAGGUCAGCGCGCAGGCGCAGUGCAUCGUCCACCCGCCGCUUUCAGUGCUCUCUUAGUGUUAACUGGUGAGGUGGAAGGAUGGUGCUGGACCUGGAUUUGUUUCGGGUGGAUAAAGGAGGGGACCCAGCCCUCGUUCGAGAGACGCAGGAGAAGCGCUUCAAGGACCCGGGGCUGGUGGACCAGCUGGUGAAAGCAGACAGUGAAUGGCGACGAUGCAGAUUUCGGGCAGACAACUUGAACAAGCUGAAGAAUUUAUGCAGCAAAACUAUUGGCGAGAAAAUGAAGAAAAAAGAAGCAGUGGGAGAUGACGAGUCUGUCCCAGAGGACGUGCUGAAUUUUGAUGACCUCACUGCAGACACAUUAGCUGCCCUGAAAGUCUCACAGAUUAAAAAAGUCCGACUCCUCAUUGAUGAAGCCAUCCAGAAGUGUGAUGGGGAACGGAUAAAGCUGGAAGCAGAGCGAUUUGAGAACCUCCGAGAGAUUGGGAACCUUCUGCACCCCUCUGUGCCCAUUAGUAACGAUGAGGAUGCAGACAACAAAGUAGAGCGCAUUUGGGGAGAUUGUACAGUCAGGAAGAAGUAUUCCCACGUGGACCUGGUGGUGAUGGUAGAUGGCUUUGAAGGCGAAAAGGGAGCCGUGGUGGCUGGUAGUCGGGGGUACUUCCUGAAGGGGCCCCUGGUGUUCCUGGAGCAGGCGCUUAUCCAGUUUGCACUGCGUACCUUGGGGAGUCGGGGCUACACUCCAAUCUACACCCCCUUCUUCAUGAGGAAAGAGGUCAUGCAGGAAGUGGCCCAGCUUAGCCAGUUUGAUGAAGAACUUUAUAAGGUGAUUGGCAAAGGCAGCGAAAAGUCAGAUGACAACUCCUAUGACGAGAAAUACCUGAUUGCCACCUCGGAGCAGCCCAUCGCGGCUCUGCACCGGGACGAGUGGCUGCGGCCAGAGGAUCUGCCCAUCAAGUACGCUGGCCUCUCCACCUGCUUUCGUCAGGAAGUGGGCUCGCAUGGCCGUGACACCCGUGGUAUCUUCCGAGUCCAUCAGUUUGAGAAGAUUGAGCAGUUCGUGUACUCAUCGCCCCAUGACAAUAAGUCAUGGGAGAUGUUUGACGAGAUGAUCGCCACCGCAGAAGAAUUCUACCAGUCUUUGGGGAUCCCUUACCACAUUGUGAAUAUUGUCUCAGGCUCCUUGAAUCAUGCUGCCAGUAAGAAGCUCGACCUGGAGGCCUGGUUCCCAGGCUCAGGUGCCUUCCGUGAAUUGGUGUCCUGUUCUAAUUGCACGGAUUACCAGGCUCGCCGGCUCCGAAUCCGAUAUGGGCAGACCAAGAAGAUGAUGGACAAGAAAAAGAAUAAUCUCCGUUUCUCUACACAGAACAAGUUGAAGACAAUGUCUUCCCUCUUUUCGCCCAAAAAGGUGGAGUUUGUCCAUAUGCUUAAUGCCACAAUGUGUGCUACCACCCGGACCAUCUGUGCCAUCCUGGAAAACUACCAGGCAGAGAAGGGCAUCGUGGUGCCAGAGAAAUUGAGGGAGUUCAUGCCGCCAGGGCUCCAAGAACUGAUCCCGUUUGUGAAGCCUGCACCCAUUGACCAGGAGCCAUCUAAGAAGCAGAAAAAGCAACAUGAAGGCAGCAAAAAGAAAGCAAAAGAGGUCACCCUGGAGAGCCAGCUGCAGGACAUGGAGGUCACUGAGGCCUGAGCGCUCCCUCCUCCCGGUUUGCCAGACUGCCUGCCUGCUGGGAUCCCUGGCCUGCCCUGGAACGGAGAGGCCCAGUACCACUCCUCACCCGUCCCAUCUGACUGCACAGUGGCUGGGGAACCAUCUGCUGUGAACAGAGCAGGUGUCCCUUCUCCUCGCACGGGCCGAGGCUCUCUUCACUGAUGACUGGUGAAGCCACGCAAUAAAGCAUCUCUGGGGAGGGCACAAGGCCUCCCCAGUCUCCUCCCCUCCCCAGGCUUGAA